AUGGAUUUUUCUUACAAUCUACCACUACUCCUAGGAAAGCAAAUAAAGGGGAGUCCUGGAAGGACAAUCGAGGCUGAAAAGACCUGCGUGGUGGAGCCUGAUCGGGGCAAGUGGGUAGUCAAAUCGGCAUUUGGGAUCGUGAAGCAUGAUGGUGUGACCCCCAUAAAUCCAGAUAAAUUUCGGCCACCGCCCUGA